AGGCAGAGGCUCACAGAGGAGCACAGCUGUGUCUGGCUGCAGGGCCAAGAGCGCUGUCAAGAAGAGCCACACGCCCCCCUCCAGCUGCUGAAUUCCUGCAGCUCAGCAGCCACAGCGGAGCAGGACGAACCACCAAUCGCAAGGCACCUCUGAGAACUUCAGGAUGCAGACGUCUCCAGCUCUCGCCUGCCUGGUCCUGGGCCUGGCCCUCCUCUUUGGUGAAGGGUCCACCGUUCACCAUCCCCCAUCCCACGUGGCCCACCUGGCCUCAGACUUCGGGGUGAGGGUGUUUCAGCAGGUGUCGCAGGCCUCCAAGGACCGAAACGUGGUUUUCUCACCCUAUGGGGUGGCCUCGGUGUUGGCCAUGCUGCAGUCGACCACGGGAGGAGAAACCCGGAGGCAGAUCCAAGCGGCCAUGGGAUUCAAGAUUGAUGACAAGGGCACGGCCCCUGCCCUCCGGCAUUUGUACAAGGAGCUGAUGGGGCCGUGGAACAAGGAUGAGAUCAGCACCACAGACGCCAUCUUCGUCCAGCGGGACCUGAAGCUGGUCCCGGGCUUCAUGCCUCACUUCUUCAGGCUCUUCCGGACCACGGUUAAGCAGGUGGACUUUGCAGAGGUGGAGAGAGCCAGAUUCAUCAUCAAUGACUGGGUGAAGACACACACAAAAGGUAUGAUCGGCGACUUGCUUGGGAAAGGGGCUGUGGACCAGCUGACGCGGCUGGUGCUGGUGAACGCCCUCUACUUCAAUGGCCACUGGAAGACUCCCUUCCCAGACUCCGGCACCCACCACCGUCUCUUCCACAAGUCAGACGGCAGCACUGUCUCCGUGCCCAUGAUGAGUCAGACCAACAAGUUCAACUAUACUGAGUUCACCACACCCGAUGGCCAUUACUACGACAUCCUGGAGCUGCCCUACCACGGGACCACCCUCAGCAUGUUCAUUGCUGCUCCUUAUGAAAAAGAGGUGCCUCUCUCUGCCCUCACCAACAUUCUGAGUGCCCAGCUCAUCAGCCACUGGAAAGGCAACAUGACCAGGCUGCCCCGCCUCCUCGUUCUGCCCAAGUUCUCCCUGGAGACGGAAGUCGACCUCAGGAAGCCCCUAGAGAAUUUGGGAAUGACCAACGUAUUCAGACCAUUCCAGGCGGACUUUACAAGUCUUUCAGACCAAGAGCCUCUCCACGUCGCGCAGGCGCUGCAGAAAGUGAAGAUCGAGGUGAACGAGAGCGGCACGGUGGCCUCCUCAUCCACAGCUGUCAUAGUCUCAGCCCGAAUGGCCCCCGAGGAGAUCAUCAUGGACAGACCCUUCCUCUUUGUGGUCCGGCACAACCCCACAGGAACAGUCCUUUUCAUGGGCCAAGUCAUGGAACCCUGACCCUGGGAAAAAACGCCUUCAUCUGGGACAAACUGGAGAUGCGUCGGGAAAGAAGAAACUCCGAAGACAAGAAUUUUAGUGUUAAUGACUCUUUCUGGAGGAAGACAAAACAUUUGCCUUUUGUGACAAGAUGGUAAACCAGAUCUGUCUCCAAGACCUCAGCCUCUCCUUGAGGGACCUUUAGGUCAAACUCCCUAGUCUCUGCCUGGGACCCUGGGAGAGAAGUUUGAAGCACAGCUCCCUCAAGGUCUCCAAACCAAAUGGUGACGCCUGCGGGACCAUCUGGGCACCUGCUUCCGCCCGUCUCUCUGCCCACUUGGGUCUACAGACCUGGUUCCCACCGAGGACCUUUGCAGGACGGAACCACGUGGCUUACAGGAGCUUUUGUGUGCUUGGUAGAAACGAUUUCUGUUCCAGUCUUGUUGCCAUCACUCUCGUACCGUCUGCCACCGUGGAGGAGGCUGGUGACAGGCCAAAGGCCGAAGGAAGAAACACUCAUUCAUCUCAGAGUCCAUUCCGGCACUGACCAUCCCUCCCCAGCACAGAGAAGCUGGAGGUCGCAGAGUGAAUGCCCCCCAAGCCCUGAGACCCUCCUGGCCUGGCCGUCUCCCUCCCCAGAAACAGUGUGCAUCGAUUAUUUUGGAGUGUAGGUGACUUGUUUACUCAUUGAAGCGGAUUUCUGCUUCAUUUUAUUUUAUAGGAAUAGAGAAAGAAAGGUCAGAUGUGUGCCCAGCUCUUCACCCCCAAUCUCUUGGUGGGGAGAGUGGAAUGCCAGAGGUGUGCCUGAAUAUUUAUUAUCUCUUUGCCCUUGUGUGCUUGUUAGAGAGAAAGAGAACUAUUACGGAAAAGAAUAGUAUUUAAACUUGCCUCGAGUGGUACUUUGUGAUCUGUGUCACUAUAUCUCAGGAAGUCUGGCCACUUGACUGGCACAUACCCCUUGGGACGUCCAGCGUGAUGGGGCCCACACUGCCACCUUGUGGCCACCUGAGACCCUCCUGCCCCUCUUAUCCUCGUGUUUUUCCACUUGAUGGAAAUUGACCAUCCAAUUUCAGCUUCCUUUAGGGGACCAAAAGGACACAGUGGGGAGAGAGACUUGGGUGAGGACAGAGUGGUUUCCAAUGUGUUCAAUAGAUUUAGGAGCAAAAAUGCAAGGGGCUGCAUGACCUACCAGGACAGAACUUUCCCCAAUUACAGGGUGACUCACAGCCGCAUCGGUGACUCACUUCAAUGUGUCAUUUCCGGCUGCUGUGUGUGAGCAGUGGACACGUGAGGGGGGGUGGGUGAGAGAGAGACAGGCAGCUCAGAUUCAACUACCUUAGAUAAUGUUUCUGAAAACCUACCAGCCAGAGGGUAGGGCACAAAGAUGGAUGUAUGCACUUUGGGAGGCCAAGGCAGGAGGAUUGCUUGAGCCCAGGAGUUUGAGACCAGCCUGGGCAACAUAGCAAGACCCCUGUCUCUUUAAAAAUAUAUAUUUUAAAUAUUUGAAAUAUACAUUUCUAAUAUCUUUAAGUAUAUCUAUUUUAAAGACCCGUUUAUGGAAGAAUUGUACAUAGAUAUGAAAUGAAUGUGAUCUAAUAGAAUCUAAUCAGCCCAGCAUGUUCCCCCCUGAAAAAUCCUCUUUCUUUAGGGUUUUUCUUCCUUUCUUUCUUGUUUGAUUUUGCACUGGACAGGGAUGUCAGCCACACACAGGACCCACGGGGGUGGUGUCAUAUGCUAUUGAAAUUGUGUUGAAUUGUAUGCUUUUUCACUUUUGAUAUAUAAACAAGUAAAAAUGGUUCAAAAAAUUAAUAAAAUAAAUAAAUA